AUGAAUGGUUGCCAUACAGAGGGCGAGGGAGCCCAAGAUGCGUCUUCGGGACCAGGCCCAGCCUACUUAAAUUCUCCUAGAGCAGGAGGCGAAGCGACGUUAGAUCUCGGGGAGGCUGCCAGAGUGUUUGAUAUCUUGCCUACUACGGCAUUGGAAUUAUUGUGCGUCAACGUCGAAUUUCUAGCCAGGCCCAAUGUCGGAAUCGUCGUUGAGCCGGUUCUGGCUGCAGGGUCAGCUCGCAGUGAUACCAUGUCAAGUGGAGAGGCGACACCUACCAAGAUCACCGAACUGCAUUGCUCCCCCAUGAGCCAUGAGGAGGCAGCACGAGAUCGCCUGCAACAGAGCAUGUUGUCCAAGAGGUUCCUUUCGAAGAGAGCGCCACCCAUCGCGUUGCGCGAUUACCUAUUGCGACUACAUCGGUAUUGCCCGAUGUCAACAGCGGUAUAUCUCGCUACAAGCAUCUACAUUACCAGAAUGACCACUGUUGACAGAGUAAUGUCUGUGGACAGUAAAAACAUGCACCGUCUGGUGCUUGCUGGUCUCCGGGUAGCGAUGAAAGCACUCGAAGAUCUCAGCUACCCACACAGUCGUAUCGCCAAGGUUGGUGGUGUGAGCGAGCGCGAGCUCUCCCGGCUGGAGAUUAGCUUCUGCUUUCUGACCGACUUUGACUUACGAGUCGAUGCUCAAAUGCUGUUUGACCAAGCUCAAUCCCUGCAAAGCAGUAUGGAUCUGGUUCUCACGGAGAUGGGUUAG